AUGAUCACCACAAAACAUAAGCGUAAUCAAAUCCUGCAAGCUACAUCCUCUGAGGAGUCUCUAGUUCACAAGGACAGAGGAGAUGGAGAGAGGCCAGUCAAUGCGAGGGUGGUGCAGGUGGCCCCUCUGAGGCGUGAAUCUACUCCCCAUGGGGACACCGUCCACGACAUCACGAACGAGGACGCCGUCCACGACACCGCCAACGAGGACACCUUCCACGGCACCGCCGACGAGGUCGCCAUCCACGGCACCGCUGACAAGGACGCCGGCAUCGCUGACGAGGACGCCGUCCAGGGCAUCGCCGACGAGGACGCCAUCCACGGCAUCGCUGACGAGGACGACGUCCAGGGCAUCGCUGACGAGGAUGCAGUCCAGCUCAUCGCUGACGAGGACCCCAUCCGUGGCAUCACUAAAGAGGAUGCCGCCCAGGGCUUCGCAAACAAGGAUGCCGCCCAGGGCAUUGCUAACGAGGACGCCGCCCAGGGCAUCGCUAACGAGGAGGCCGUCCACGGCAUCCCUAACGAUGCCGCCAUUCAGGGCAUUGCUAACGAGGACGCCGUCCAGGGCGUCGCUAACGACGAUGCCGUCCAGGGCGUCGCUAAAGAAGAUGGAUUCCACAGCAUCAAUAACGAGGACGCCGUCCACGGCAUCGCCGACGGGGACGCCGCCCAGGGCAUCGCCAACUGGGAUGCUGUCCAGGACAUCGCUAAUGAAGAUGGAUUCCACGGCAUCAAUAACGAGGACGCUGUCCAGGGCAUCGACAAUGAGGACGCUGUCCAGGGCAUCGCCACCUGGGACGCCGUCCAGGGCAUCGCCAACUGGGACGCCAUCCAUGGCUUUGCCGACGAGGUUGCCUUCCACGGCAUCACCGACGGGGACACUGUCCAGGGCAUCGCCGACGGGGGCAUCGCCAACGGGGACGCCAUCCAGGGCAUUGCUCUCGAUGAUGCCGUCCACGGCAUCGCUAACGAGGACGCCGCCCAGGGCAUCGCCAACUGGGAUGCUGUCCAGGACAUCGCUAAUGAAGAUGGAUUCCACGGCAUCGAUAACGAGGAUGCCGGCAUCGCCGACGGGGACGCCGUCCAUGGCAUCGCCGACGGGGUCGCCGCCCAGCGCAUCGCCGACUGGGAAGACACCCAGGGCAUCGCCGACUGGGACGCCGCCCACGGCAUCGCCGACGGGGACGGCAUCGCCGACGGGGACGCCACCAAGGGCAUGGGCAACGAGGUUGCCGUCCACGGCAUCGCUAACGAGGACGCCGUCCACGGCAUCGCUAAUGAGGACGCCCUCCACGGCGUCGCUAACGAGAAAAUCAAAUGUUAA